AUGCCGUUCAAGAAAUCCACAGUUUCGAGUGUGGCUGCAGCCAAGAAACCCUGUUGCCUGUUCAGAAAUGUUUCACGGGGUUUAUCCUCUCCUGCCUUCCGGCGCAUCCCCCGAAAGGACGAAAAAGACGCUGGGUCGCAACAGCCUCGUGUGCUGUUCCCUUUGUGCGAAAGUGAGGGAUCCAGCGAUGCCGCUUGCCAGCAGGCGGUGACAGCUGAAGCAAGCUGCGCGAGCACACGGUCUGGUGAACGCAUGCGGGACGAGGACCUCAAUCACUGGGCGAGGCCAGAGCCGAACGCUUCCUUUGUUUCGCUUCGAGAACCCCCCUGUUUCUUUCGAAGGGCUGCAAGGCGGCAGGAUAGGAGGCCAGCCGCUGUCCCGAGAGAGGCUGUAGAACGGCUGCGGUUUCCUGUGAACCAGAUAAUCAGUCCUGCGGACAGGGGAAGGAUUGAAGAGAAGCAACAACAGGCAAACGAAGCGUUUGUCGGAUUCUGCGAGAACCGACAGACGACUCAAAAGCGGCUCGAGGCCGCUGCAGCGGCCGCUUUCCUUGUCCGCCGUCUUCUUCUGCGGUCUUCUGUAAACUCCACAGUUCUCUCUUCCUCGGCGUCCUCGCCACGUCUCUCCUCUUCUCUCCACCCAUUUCCCGCUCCGCUUGCAGCUGUGUCUUCGCUUCCGUCGUGUGGUGCGGCGUCAUGCCCGUCAGAGACAGAGAGCCGCCGCCACCACAGACAGCAACGGGAUUCUGUCUCCGCUGCUUCGUCCUCUACAGGGAGCACAGGCAGUGAUCUCAAGACAAAAAACGCUCCUUGCUCUAAUCGCCUUUCCUCAUUCGCUCCACGAGACGCCCUGAGGUCUCUGCCUGCUUGCCACGAGAGGGGCGAGCAAAGACCAGAUGAUGGCAGUUCCCCUUUGACCAGGCCGCAAGAUGUGCCGAUCUUUCCUCCCACGCUUGAAGAGACGGAAGGGGCCGACAGCAGCGAACGCUUCGGGGACUCUCCGCCGUCCGGCACGCUCACGGCGACCUCAGUCUCCGGGAGGGCCGAGUGCAGAGGAGGUACUUACAAACUUCCUCGCUUGCCUCACAGACGCGCAAAUCCAAAUGGCUUCGUCAACAGGGCAGGCGACGCUGUUCAACGCCCUUUCCAUGACAGCGCCAUUUCAUGUGUGGCGCGCCAGCAUCCAGCAAGCGCCCAAAACACUGUAAGCCGGCCGCCAGAGCAGCAACGCGAAGACGCUGUCGGGGACGAUCACGUCGCAGAAAGACACGAAAGGACGACUUGUCGCUCCUACCCUGGGAACUGGUUUUCAACUCGCUCCAAUCGAGAUGUUUCAUUGGGUUUCGCCCCUCUAGAUAAGAUGGUAGAGAGAGCUGUUGUUCAGGGCCACUUUCGGCUUCUCAAUGUGGCUCUGACAGAGGCUCUUGCGCGGGCGUCUUCUCCUCAGGAACUGUUUCGUCUGGCGAUUCGAUUCCGGGACUUUCUGAUCCCCGCCAAUGUGGUUACCGCGUUGCAUGCACUCGCGAGAAUGAAUGAAGGGAGAGGCAACGGCUGGGUCGACUUCAACCGAGACAAGAAGGAAGCAACGGCGAAUAGGCAAACGCGUAUCCUACACCCGUGCGUGAUGAUGCUACUCGGUCACUUGGUGGGAAGCAGAAAGGCGAGGAUGGCGCAGGUGUCCUCUGAGACAGCGGCGGAGAGGGCACAUGGGCAAGAGAAUGACGAGACUACACCUCGUCAGAACGGCGAACACAGCGGGACGCGUGUAGCAGGCCUCUUGCCUCUCAACAGGACAUGCGGCAAGGUGGCGAGGGAAGAAGACACGGAGAGAACAGACGACACGCGAACGAAGGAUGAGGCGGAUCCUUCUAGGCUGAGUAAGCUGUCACCACGACACUUGCCGGUCGCUCUGUGGAGCGUUGCAAAACUCUUGAGGCAACCGAAUGGCAGACCCAAGCGCGCGAUUCUCAGGGGGGAAGGAUCUGACAUUCUGUCGAGGCAAGUCAACGCGGAGACGAGCGACGCUUCAGAGCAGAAAACAGAACCGUUGGUUGUGCCUUCUGCGCUGCACGUGUCUCCACAAGUCGACGGAUUUUCCAUGCGAAAUGCAGACAAUAGAGGUGAUGGAGGGCGAGAUAGAACAAACUUCUGUGGGCGGGAUCUGAAAGAACAGCAAGAUCUUCUGUGCACUCUUCUUUGCGGCUCACUUGGCGCUGUGGAAAUACGAGCCGCAGAACUGGCGCCGCAAGGGAUUACCAUGGUUGCCUGGGCUCUGGCAGUUUUCUGCGAAGAUAAAUUCCUGCGUCAGCUAUCUCGGAACCGGGAUUUUCAAACGAAUUUCCGUUUUCAGUCGGCCUUCUCCGCACUCGGGCGGAGAAUUAGCGUCUUGCUGGAGAAGCAGGCACGAACAAGAUGCGAGCGAACUCCAGACAGUGAAGCUUUGGGGCGCCCGAGCGCUGGAGAGCCAGUCCAGGAAAGACCUGAAAAGAUGGCAGAACAUCAUUCAUGCAAAACCAGGCGAAGCGAGGAGAGGCAAAGCCUUUCAGUGUCGAGCCAGUGCAGCUUUGAUACAUCUGAGGGACAGGAAAACUUCCAGUGGCUUCUGGCGAAGGAAAAGGGCUCAUGUGAACUGGCGACGGAUGAGACAAGUGAACCGAGGAGUUCAAAGAACCAGCCGCACACCCCGGUGUCUCUGAAGAUACAGGGGCACAAGACCGCAGAAAAACUGAAGAUCAGAGGAGAACAGUUGGUUGGGCCUCGUGAGGUCUGCACAUAUUUGUGGGCGUGCAGCAAAGCAAGGACGAACGAUUGGCGCAUCGUCCUCACGAUUAUUUCAAUGGCAUUUCAGCCGUCGGAUGCAAUGCACCUUGCCAACGUUCCUGCCAAUUUUUCUCCACAGGCUGGUCAUACGACUCGCUGUGCUCCGCAGCACUCAGUCCUACCGUCCUACCCUCCUUACAAGGCCGGUUGGUCCUCAUCAAAGCCAGAUCUUCCGUGCCGUAUGCCUCCAUCAUCGUCGUCUUCCGCAUUUAGUAUGAACUUCCUUCCACAGUGCACACCGCAGGAUAUCUUAUCAUUAAUACAAGCUUUACAAGCCUUCUUUCCCCAUUUCCAGGCGUUACUCGCUCAGCGACUGUCUCCUGGUCAGGGCAUUCACAGCUCCAGCUUACUGUCACCCUUGGCACGGCCAGAAACACGUUCAGUCAUUUUUGCGACCUACGGCCUUCCUUUGGAAAUUGUCUGCCAUGUCGAGCACAUUUUCCCACAUCUCAGUCCGGUGGACCGGACCCGACUGUCUGUGAGUCUCCUCCGAUUGGCAAACAGUCGCCGCGCUUGGGAAGCGAGAGCACAGUCUAUCACAAGUCCAUGUGACCCCGCGGGUCCCACGGAAAAUUUGGGGAAAAAACAUGAGAAGAUAGAUACACAACGACGCUGGCCGGGGGGAACAUCUGAAGGAGAAUGGGAGUCAACGACAAAUCAUACAACACCUCACGUGUCCUCUUUCCCAUGCACUUGGGAUACCGCAGACGUUGUUGUGGUGGCUAUCCGAAAGCUCCUAUGCGAGGUACAGCCUACGGGAGAGACUCCCCUAAUUCAGAGCUCAACAGUUUCUUGA